AUGCGGUCGAUCACCAUACAAGUUUUGAGGUUCUUAGCUUUGCUAGCUAUUACGGGCGCUCUUCCCACGGUUUUUGCACACGGCGGCGACGAAGAUGCGAUGAACAUGGACGGUCACGACGGAACAGGCGGCGAAGAUCCCAAGCCUGAACCCGAUUCAUAUCCUCCCACGUAUUUUGCGCACCCUGAACAUGUUUCUGCCAUCUAUGCGCACAUUGGAAUCAUGGUCAUUGGGUGGGUUUUUGUGCUCCCAACAGCUGUUAUGCUUUCUAUCGCGCGAUCUCGAUAUACCCUUGCCGCUCAGUUCGUAUUCCUCCUCACGAAUGCGAUCGGAGUCUUGAUUAGUAUCAUUUAUAAUGCCAACACACCAGACUUGUAUCCAAACAAUGCACACCAUAAGCUCGGUUGGCUCGUCACUUGGGUUGUGGGCGCUCAGGUUCUUGUUGGUCUUGUAGGACGAGUUGCUGGUAUGAUGAGCAAGACAUCCCGCCUGGGACGCGGGAAAGAGGAGGAACAAUCAUUUAUACCUGUAUCAACAGAAGCUAUGGCUGAACACCAUCGUCUAAACCAGAGCAUUUUUCCCUCGUCGCACCGACAUUCUGAUGACAGUGGUCAGGGAACGGAACGAAACACGGAAUCACUUCGAAGUGCGUCGCUGUCGACAAUGGUUGGUCAUGAAUCGCCGAUUGAGCUUGGCGACCGACACAGGCAUUACGAGGAAGAAGAAGACGAUCUUAUAUACAGAUCCGCCGAGCUUCACUCUUCGAAUGCUUCGCAGUCGUUCAUUACUAAGAUUGCUGGCAGAAUCUCCGGUAAGGCCUGGAAAGUCAUCAUGUUUGGUUACAACUUUGUAGACCGCACAAUUCUUAUCCUAGGCUAUAUCACUCUAUGCACCGGGCUUAUUACAUAUGCGCGCUUCUUUGAGGGUCACGAAAUCUUCAGCGGAUUGGCGCAUUGGAUCAAGGGCGGUAUCUUCUUCUGGUAUGGCAUUUUAACGUUAGGCCGAUGGACUGGCAGCUUUGGAGAGCUCGGUUGGGCUUGGAAUGUUCGCCCUAAACAGAGUUCGCAAAAGUGGCGGCCGAGUGCCGAGUUCGUUGAGGGCGCGCUCAUUUUCACCUACGGCGCAACAAACAUUUUUCUAGAGCACCUAGGUAGCAGCGAUUCCAAUUUCAGCCCUCAAGAUCUCGAGCAUGUCUCGAUUACCGUUCUCUUCAUUGGAGGCGGUUUGCUAGCCAUGCUGAUCGAGUCGACUCGUAUUCGCGACCUACUCAACACAACAACAACAGAAGCAUUAAUCUCGCACCCUAGUCAUGCCUACAGCGACGAAGAGCGUGCCGCUCUCGAUCCUCCGCGACAAUACGAGUUCUCCAUUAAUCCCAUUCCUGCUCUUGUCAUCCUCUUACUAGGCAUCAUGAUGAGCUCUCAUACACAACAAUCCAUGAUCUCAAGCAUGGUUCACAAGCAGUGGGGUAACUUGUUGACGGGCGCUUCUUUCGCGCGAGGUUUUACAUAUGUGCUUCUCUACUUGAAGCCGCCGCGUUCCGUGCUUCCAUCCCGACCACCGACGGAGCUGCUAACGGCCUUCGGGCUGAUCUCGGGUGGCACCAUCUUCAUGGCAAGCAGCGGUGAUACAGUCGCGGGUAUGGUUCACUAUGACCUUGAUGCCAUGUUCUUCUACACUGUGACCAUGGGAUUGGUUGGCGUUCUUAUGGCGUGGAUUGUCCUCCUGCUCGCUUUCAAGGGGUGGGCUGUUCGCCGAGAAUCUAGUCGCACCGAGAACUGGAACCUCCGAUCAAGAAAAUGAAGAUGCAGAGAAAGCAACAGGUAUGGUCAGAUUCAAAACGAUUUACGAGCUUACAUGAUACCGUCCACCCCAUGUAUACACGGGCUUGCGACAUUUGCAUAAAGUUGAGCAGUUCAGCAUACGAGAUUUGCUCUAUUCUCCAGCGGUGUUGGAUGACGGUAUUGUCAUUAGAACGGUCCUGCUACAUAUACCCUUUGGUUCGGUUUUUUUUUUUUUUUCCCUCCACUCUUUUCUCUUGGGGCUGAUACCAAAUAUUCAAUGUGGUUAUUAUCAAAGUUGGGGUUGUUAUAUUUAUAUGGAAAUGAUACCCUUUUGGAUAUGGCUUGCUGGGUGGAUGCAGGGCGGUGCCUAGGAUGUGCAUCUUAAG